CUCAUAAAACAAGCGGCAUGCCGCUCUCACCGCUUCCUUGCUUUCCAUAGCGCAAAUAGUAAAUGGACCCGGCCAGCAUCGCUGCCCUGGCCGGGCAAAUCUUGCGCAGUCGGUGCCCCCUGCAGCAACUUGGACUCGCCCCCAACGCAACCGCUGUGGACGCAAGGGCGGCGUUCCGCAAGUACGCGAGUCCGCAGGCGGGCAGGGCAUGCCGCAUCAUGAAAGAUGCCACUUCAGGGACAGGGAGACGCUGUCACUGACAUUCCACCCAGACAAAUGCUCGCUGCCGCAAUCAGCGGAGGUGUUUCUGGCACUCAAGCAUGCACUCAACGCUGUAGAACAGCGUCAGCCCUCUCGACCAGAACCCACGUCGGAGGACCCAUGGGCGCAGUUCUUUGCUGGCGCACAGGCCGCGGCACCAGCGCCUCAGCCGCCGCAACCCGCUGCAGCACCGCCGGUGGCGCGGCCCACGGCUAUCAGCAGGGCCGGGCUCUGGGCUGGCGCACGUGGAGCAGCCGCCGCUAGCACGUGGGGUCGGAGCGCCUUUGCGUCAGCUGCUACAGCCACGGCGACGGCGCCUGCAGCCGGCGGUGGCACAGCUGGCGGACGCCUGCAGAAUGCGCGACGCGCUGCGGAUCUGCAGAAAGUCACAGGGAGGUCCGACGAUGUGGGGACAAAGCCGUCGGGGCCGGGCGCACGCAGCAAGGCUGGCGGCGCAACAGUGGAUGCUGUCCCUGCAGUCGGGGUGGAGGCGAGGGGUUGGCUCAGCAAGCGUGCGCGCGCAUCUGCGAGCCCCGCGCCUCGGCCACAGCGACCGGGCAAGCUGGCGAAGAUUGGCGGCUCGGCCGACGGUGUGCUGGAGAACGCUCAGGAUGCGGAUGUGGAGGGACACGCAGGCGGCAGCCCAUUUGAGCAGGACUCUGCACCUAGUCGUGCGGCGAAGGCCGCUGGCGCUGUUGGCGGCAGCACCUGGACUCGCCGACCGGUCUUUGCUCCACACGUCUGGCUAGGUGCGGGCGAGGCGCGUGGCAGCGGUGGGGCGCGCGCCGGUGGCGCCGGCGAGACAGCGAUCGACAGCAAGAAGGGCCGUGGGCAGCAGGUGCGCAGGCGGCGCGCGCGGCGAGCGGAUGUCAGCGGGGGUCCAGAUGUCACUUGGGCCAGUGGUAGCGGGGGGCACCAGCAGGCACAGGGCUGCAUCCCGGGCGGCGGCGGCAGCAGUGAUGACGAGGGCAGCAGCGGCGAGUACCUCAGCAGCAAUAAUAGUGACGUUGAGGACGACUCCGAUUUUGAGCUGGUGUCUGAGGAUGGCGGUGGCAAGGACGAGGGGCCCCAGUGCGCACCUGGCGGCGCGCGGCAGAAACAGGCACAGCCACAGCGAUCUGUGGCGGAGGCAGAAGCGGAGGAAGCCGUUGCGCCCGAUGGCCGCACAGACUGCCGACAAGGCUGGGGGCGCGGCAGCAGUGGCGCGUGGCAGCAACGCCGCUCGAUUGGUGCCUUUGGCCUGAGUGCAGUGGCGGAGCCUCCUGCUGCCUCUGCUGCUGUUCCCUCCACCGGGUGCAGUGGUGCUGCUAGCAGCAGUGGUGCUGCGAGGCCGGCGUCGGGUGCUGUAGCAGUGGCGCCUGCUGCUGGGCCGUCAGCAACGACCGCGAGCUGUGCGACUGGGGUGCUGGUACUCGGCGAAUCAAGGCCACGAUACACAUCCACGACGCAAAAGCAGCUGCAGGAACAGCCAUGUCAGCACGCACCCAAUCGGUCACAAGACGAGCCGUCAAGUCUAGGUCGCACCAGCAGGAAAGGCGCUGCGGGACCUCACAGGGAGCCGCUUUCCCCUGGCACCGCUGUCCAGGCUGCUUCCGCGUCGUUGUUACCCUCCGGCCGCUCGUUGGCCGCUACCUCCGUGACUGCGGCAGCACGAGACACGGUCCCGGCGUCGGCCGGUGUUGCUACCACACGCGCUGCGGUGAGCACAGCCGCACCUUGGGCUGAGCCAAGCCGACCUGAACAACGUCACAUCCAUGGCAGCGGCGGGCCUGCGCACGCGCCUCUGCUGCCGCCAGCGCCAGCCAUGGGCAGCCGGGCUGCUCCUGCGGCUGCAGCUCCUGCGGCGCAUGCAGCUCGCGCCUUCACUAGCGGCUGCAGCCAGGGGCAAGGGCGGCCUGCGUACGAGCCUGCUGAGCAAUGCCCAGUGGGAGCACACGAUGCCGGGGCCCUGCGUGAGGCCGCAGCUCCGCCGACGCACCCUUCUGGGCCUGGCGGGGAGGAGCAGUCCGCCGGCUGGGACCACGUCGCGCCAGGCAGCCGCCAGUGGGAGGAGGGUGUGGACAACGGCUUGGAGGAGGCUGGCUGGCAAGACGACGGAGGCGACGAUGCCGAAGGCGAGGCUGGGGGCGAUGGCGGCCACGACCUGGAUGAGGAGCUCUGGGGCGAUGGCUACGGCGGCGGCGAGGCAGACCCGGAGGACCACCUGGAUGAGCACUGGGGAGGAUUCGGGCACCAGGAGCACCAUCCAAACGAACAGAGCAAGACAGCUGUUGCUGUUGCUGCUGGGGGUGGGGGCGGCGGCGGGGGCAAGGCCGCAGGCGCCAGCAAGCGGAAAGCCAAGCAGUCGUGCCUGCCUUUCCAGCAGCAGAAGCAGCCGGCGGCGCGGCAGCGGCUGCGUCAGCACCAGCAGGUGGAGGGCGGCGGCGCGGCGGGUGAGGAGCAGGAGGCGUGGGCGGGUGCGGACGGCGGCGGACUGCCGGAAGGCGCCCUGGACACCUUCCUGCAGCAGGUGCAGAAGGACGCGGACCAGCAAGCACAGCGUGCUGGCCAGGCGCGGCUCACCAACCUGCGCUCAGGAUUCCUAUCAUUCGGUGGCGGCGCACGCGGCAGGGGCGGCACGCGAGGGCGAGGCCGAGGCCGCGGUCACGGUGGCGGCAAGGCCGGCGGCGGUUCCGGGAGCGGCGCGCAAAGCAGCAGGGAGCCGAGGGGCAGCGGCGGGGGCCGCGGUGGCAGUAACGCAGGCAGCGGCGGGCGCGGCAAGGGCGGGGGGAAGAGCGCGGUAGGCAUACUGCGCUUCAGCAGGGCGUUAGUGCCAGUGUAGCGUUGGGUGUCUGACGUUCAAGACGCAGGGGUGCCUACAUACGACUGUCGACAUUUUCGAACAACUGUGCACACCGAAGGAAGUGAUCACUCGGUCUGUCAUUCAUAGUGGGAGGGUGCUGUGUACACAGAAGCCAGCCCCAAUACCGGUACCUGACUGACAGGAGGCAGGGCCAACAAGCUUAACGAAGUGCUUGCUAGUGAAUGCGAAUGCAAGACGCCGUCGCGAGCUCCAGGCUAGCAAUAAACAGCACGAAAGAAGUUAGUGUCAGCGGCAAUGCUUGUAGCCUCGUGGGCGCCAGAUGCAUGCGGCUCUCGAAUCGGCGAUGGACCCGCUGCAAAAUGGAAUAUUCUGCGGGUAGACGGCGAACGGUCUGUCGGUGGCGAUAGGGAAACUUGUGUCUAGAGCGUCUGGCCACGAGCCCACAACAAGGAGCCAUCGAUACAC